GCCAUUUUGUAUGUGCAGACGCGGCGUGCGUGAGUCUGGGAAGGUACUGGUGCCAGCUGGGUUACCUAGGCUUCGUCUUUCUUGGUGCUUGUUUCAUUUCCACAGCUAUAUAUAGCUUUAUAUAUACCGGUGGAGACGUAUAUUCCGUGUCUGAAGCAAACGCCUUAAAAGAUGAUGUUAAGAGGAAACCUGAAGCAAGUACGCAUAGAGAAAAACCCGGCCCGCCUUCGUGCGCUCGAGUCGGCGUCGGGGGAGAACGACCCGGCGGCCGCCACGGCUCUGGCGCUGGCUAUGGUUGGGGAGCAGGCGCCGCCGGGCGCCGCGCCAGAGGACCACCCCGAGGAGAUGGGGUUCACCAUUGACAUUAAGAGUUUCCUUAAGCCGGGCGAGAAGACAUACACACAGCGCUGCCGUCUCUUCGUGGGGAACCUGCCCACCGACAUCACCGAGGAAGACUUCAAGAGGCUCUUCGAGCGUUACGGCGAGCCCAGCGAGGUCUUCAUCAACCGGGACCGCGGCUUCGGCUUCAUCCGCCUAGAAUCAAGAACACUGGCUGAAAUUGCAAAAGCAGAGCUGGAUGGCACCAUUUUGAAGAGCAGACCUCUCCGAAUUCGCUUUGCUACACAUGGAGCAGCCUUAACUGUCAAGAACCUUUCUCCAGUUGUUUCCAAUGAGCUUCUAGAACAAGCAUUUUCCCAGUUUGGUCCAGUAGAGAAAGCUGUUGUGGUUGUAGAUGAUCGUGGUAGAGCUACAGGAAAAGGUUUCGUAGAAUUCGCAGCAAAGCCUCCUGCACGAAAGGCUCUGGAAAGAUGUGGUGAUGGUGCAUUCUUGCUAACAACGACCCCUCGUCCAGUCAUUGUGGAGCCCAUGGAGCAGUUUGAUGAUGAAGAUGGUUUGCCAGAGAAACUAAUGCAGAAAACUCAACAAUACCAUAAGGAAAGAGAACAGCCUCCACGGUUUGCUCAGCCUGGGACAUUUGAAUUUGAGUAUGCGUCUCGAUGGAAGGCUCUUGACGAAAUGGAAAAGCAGCAGCGUGAGCAGGUUGAUAGAAACAUCAGAGAAGCCAAAGAGAAACUAGAGGCAGAAAUGGAAGCAGCUAGGCAUGAACACCAAUUAAUGCUAAUGAGGCAAGAUCUGAUGAGGCGUCAGGAAGAACUCAGACGCUUGGAAGAACUCAGAAACCAAGAACUGCAAAAACGCAAACAAAUACAGCUAAGACACGAAGAAGAGCAUCGUCGGCGUGAAGAAGAAAUGAUAAGACACCGAGAACAGGAAGAACUUAGGCGACAGCAAGAGGGCUUUAAGCCAAACUAUAUGGAAAAUAGAGAACAGGAAAUGAGAAUGGGUGAUAUGGGUCCCCGUGGAGCAAUAAACAUGGGAGAUGCGUUUAGCCCAGCACCUGCUGGUAACCAAGGUCCUCCUCCAAUGAUGGGUAUGAAUAUGAACAACAGAGGAACUAUACCUGGCCCACCUAUGGGUCCUGGUCCUGCCAUGGGACCAGAAGGAGCUGCAAAUAUGGGAACUCCAAUGAUGCCAGAUAAUGGAGCAGUGCACAAUGAUAGAUUUCCACAAGGACCACCAUCUCAGAUGGGAUCACCAAUGGGUAGUAGAACAGGUUCUGAAACCCCUCAAGCACCAAUGAGUGGUGUAGGUCCUGUGAGUGGUGGUCCUGGUGGUUUUGGUAGAGGAAACCAAGGGGGCAACUUUGAAGGCCCUAAUAAGCGCCGCAGAUAUUAAACAUUCUUUCGUUUCUGGCUAUUUAGAAAAAGAAAUUCAGUGGUAUGCCUUUACACUUUUACCUGUUACCUGGAAGAAAUGGUUUUAUUGUUAAUGUAUGUAGACUUUAAAACUUUUCUUUUGUAAAACUUGAGGUUUUGUGUUUUUCUUUAUUCUUAAGCUUUGUAGAUUAGAAUGGAAAUGAUGAUGCUUAUCAUUGUGAAUGUUAAAAUGUGUUUGUAACUAUAGCUAAAUAUAAGUAUGCCACAGUACUGUGAAAUCUGUGUAGUUAAUCUCAAUAAAGAAAUAAUUCUGAAUUAUUUUAAAAUGUUAUUAGUGGUAUUCUCUUAUGGUUUUACUAAACUUUGCUGUAACUUUGAUUGCUUAACUAAUCCCAGCCAUUUAAAAAUGAAAAUGAUUUUCUGGUUUUUAGUUUGUUGAAGUAGCACUAAAGAUAGAAACUUAAACAUAAUGUCAAUAAGGGGUAGUUAGAGUAGUACGUAUUUUGUGGGGAUAUGGUAAUAUACAUUUGUAUAAACCAUUAAUGUUCUGUGAAAUCAGAGUUGCUGUCUACAUUUCAUAUAGAUUCUGACUAUUCAGAUAUUCUUAGACGGAAUAUUAAGGAUAUCUUUGUCCUGUGCUGAUUUUUUUCCAAAUAAAUCUUUUGAAUCUUGAAAAAAAAGUUUGAAGGCAAAUCUCUUUUGCUUGUAAAGUAAUGUCUAGUUUUAAUCUUAUCUGCCAUCAUUUAUUUGGUUUUAAUAUCUAGAUUUUACCUCUUAAAAAUUAUCAGUAUAGUUAGUGUUAAAUUUUCUUUAAAAUCAAUACUGUUGAGUUGGAUAUUAAGCUAGGAUUUCCUAUAUGGUUCAUGAUGAUUGAGGCAUGCCUUGACAGUCUUGUUUUCUAUAAGUAUUUGAAGAUGGUUUGACUCUGCAGUGUUCCCCAUAGUUUGAUAAGUCCAGUAAAAUAGUAGUUGAACUUGUCUGAAAGGCUAAGUGUUUUUCUCCUAAGAAUACAGUUCAAAUGAUGAUUUUAAAAAGCAGCGAUAUUUCUGGAGAUGGAGAGUGGUGAUGGUUGCACAUUAUGGUGAAUGUGGUUUAUGUCACUGAAUGAUAAUGACACUUAAGACUGGUUGAAACAGCAGUUUUUUGUGAGAUAUAUAUUUUACCACAAUUUAAAAAAAGCUGUGAAUUAACUUGAGAAUGGCUAUGGGUCACUGGAAUCUAAUUCUCUAGCUCUUUCUGUCAAAUACCCAUUUAGAAUUUUGAUUUUCAAUACUAAGAAGAAACUAUUUUGUCACAUUAUGUUUAUUCAAAAACAAAGUCCUAGCUAUAUCUAAAAAAAUUGUAUGCUAACCUUGUUUUUCUAAAUUUAAUGAAUCACAUGUAUAACUUGUACCACAGAUGAAACUCAUCAGCCAUUGAUUGCAGCAGUUAUUUCUCACACAGCAGCUUAGCGUGUUACUAUAUUGUGCUUUUAGAAUUUUUCUGAAGGACAAUACGCUGUGUUUAAAUAAACUGUUUAAAUAGUACCUCUUAAUUUUGCAUGGUUUCUCUUUUUGCUGGAAGGCAUAUUUUGGAAAGAAAUAAAUUUGGUUAAUUAUUUAAAAUCUUAAAUAAAAGCAGUUGGCUGUAAAGCACAAUUGAGAUCCAUCCUUGUGUACCAGUUAAAUUUUUCUUAUGUAGUAUUUCAUGUUUUAUAUUUUAGACACAUCACUGUGGAUGGAAUUAUUUUCUAAAAUUUAUAGCAUUCACAGGCUUUUGUUUUUGGCAAUUCUUUGAAACCAUGAUUUGGAGAUUGUAAAAUAAUACACUAUUCUCAUCACAUUUUCUGUAAGUAUUGAGACGGGGGAAGCAGGAUUUUAAAAAUUUGUGACAUUAAUUGGGGUUUGAGGAGUUUCACAUUGAUUAUAAUUUUUAAGUAAUAUCUGUCGUACUUGAAUUUACUUUUCCCGUCACUGAUGUUUCAUUCCUUAGCGAAUUUUUAUCAUUGUAUUUCAAUUCAAAGCUAAAAUAAGAUUGGGAGAAAUUUGAUCCUUUUGUUAAUAGCAAGCUACCUUUGCCUGAAGGCUGUGAAAUUCUGUAUGAUUCAUUCAAGAACAUUCGAAAGCCUCUGCACAAAGAGAUGUCUUAAUCUCCUGACCAUCCUAGUGUCCGGGUUCAACUCUGGCUCCAGGAAUAGAGUUCUACACAGCUUUUUUCCGGCAUCAAGAAAAUUCUUGUUCCAGUACUUACCAAGUUUAUCCUGGGAACAGUCAGCUUCUGAGUGACAGUCAAGUGGAACAUCUGUGAACUCCUAGUUAUUCAGUGUUUAGUUUUUAUAUAGUUAAACAACUUGAGACUGGUUCAGUCAGUAUUUUUUCUUGGUGAGUUAGUAUACCAAGGAAAAGUUUUGAAUGUCAUUUACGUAAAAGUGGUAGAUAUGAAAAUAAAGGGGAAAUUCAAUAUCAUUAGAUUUUUAAAAUAAGUGUGAAGAUUUGUUAUAUAUGCUACCAUCAUUCUUUCUCUUAAAAAAACAAUUUUACUUUUAUGAUAUCACAAUACUCUGUUUCUUUUUGUGUCAUGAUUUGAAAUAGUUUAAAGUCAGCAGUAUUUAGAUUUCAUAUGUCAUUUGUAAUUAAUAUGCAUAAAAGCACACAUUUUCCUAGUUGUUUUAUUCUAGCAGUAUAUUUUGCUGGAAUUUCCCCCCUGGUUUUGUUUAUUUUGAAAAUCAUUUAUUUUCUUCUUGAUAGAUGGCGUUUUCAACGAACUUUUUGUUUACUCUUUUCGUAAAGCUCAAUUUCUUAUUCUUCCUUGAAUGUUAGAUUUUCUAGUUGAAGACAGUGCUGAUUAAAUCUUUGUUUUUAACCCUAAAAUGUCAGUUAGUUUUGGAAAGUCUCUGGAGCAGGGAUUGCCAUUCAGAAGUAGGAAUUAUCAAUAAGGAUAGUGAUGAAAACAUUUGCUCGUUUCUCAAACACUGUAAUUGCAGUUACACCUUUACGUUUUAUUUAGAAGCAUACUUGAAUAUUUCAGUAACUUGGUGUUUGUAUGUAAAGUCUGUCAUAAUCACUAAAUACCAGUAUGAGUGAUCAUAGUUAGCAAUUCAUAAGUGCGGUCGUGUUGAAAAUUACAACCUAGAUUCCAGAUAAGAAAAAUGACACAUUUUUGAAAGAAUGCUAUCAAAUAUAUGGUAAAACCUUUUUAAAAAGUUUGAAAUUUAGUGUCAAAUGAGACUAGUCAGACAUAAAAAGAGAGGGGUCAUUUUGUUGAAACAGGAAGCUUCCUGGGAAAUACGGUGGUAUUUGCAUGUUUUGGUUGUUUUUAAGAGUUUUGUUCCAGCAUUUCCUAAUAAUAAAGUAUAUUAUACCUGAAAUUUGAGAGGAUAGUAAUGAUUUAAAGUAUCAGAUUUCUUUCCAAAUUUUCUAUGAGAAUGUUGAAUAAGACCAGUGAAUACCUAUGUACCUAUCUCCCAGAUUGAACAGUUGUUAGUGUUUUCCUGUUUUUACUCUGUGGUUAGAUAUAUAUUCAUAGGUGUGGACUUUUUUAGUGUAGGGGGACAAACUACUUCAAAGUAAGUAGCAGACUUCCUGUUGCUUCACCCCCAAGUACUUCAACACAUGUCUCCUAAAAGUAAGAACAUGCUUAUGUCAAUUUCAUACUGAAAAAUACUGAUGAUUUCCCAAUAUCAAAUCAGAAAGUCUUAAGUUAUUUAGCCCAGAAUGGUUUUAUUUCAUCUUAUAUCAUAUGAUUAAGUAAAUUAGGAGUGGUUUCAUACUUUAUGAAAGCAUUGUUUGUUUUCUGGCAGUAUUCAUUACGGAAUUUUAAAAAAUAGGAAACAAUUAUAGGGUGCUCACUUUACAUGUAGUUUUUCCUAGUGCUGUAAAACAAGGUCUGCAUACACUUUCACAGUUGAAUGUCUUAUCAGGUAAUUUAUAGAUUGUUACUCUGGGGAAAUAGAGAAGAAUUCCAGAAAACUUUUUAAUAGUAUCUGAUCUUUAAAAUCCAAAUUAAUACCAUGUGUGUUGUAUUAACUCUAUUCCUUUUUUUAUGUCAAAAGCACUAUCUUCCUAAGUGUUCUAAAAACAUUUUGAGAAUUUCUUUUAUUUCCUCAGUUACUGAAUAACACAGAUGAUUGAAUUUUGAAUCUUAUAAGACUGAAUACUUAAGGCCCUACCAGAGAGCUCUGUUAUCUUGAGAAUAUUUUUAGACUUCUUGCCUUUUCUGUAAAACCAUGACUAUCUCUAAGGGUUCCAUUUGGUUGAAACUUGUAAUUUGAUUCUCUUUUUGUUUUAUGUAUUGAAAUUAUGAGUAUGUACUUUCUUUGUUUUAUGAUAUUUCUUUGCAAUAACUAAAGCCUGUUUUUUCCUGAAGGGAGAAGACUGCAUUUUUAAAAUUAAUAUAACCCAGGUUGUUAUGUACACAUUAAAAACUAUUCUUUUUCAAGUAUAUUGUUUUGUGACUUGAAUCACCACUUAUCAUAACCAUUUCCCUUUCUCUGCAGUGGAUAAGUUUAUCAUGGUUAAAAAAAGAAUCUUGAGUCAGAAUUAACCUUUUUCAAUUUGGCUUUGUUGUUUAAAGUGAUGAAUUUUGAAAAGGCUGGUAUUCUAAUUAUACCUCUAAGUAAAAUUUAAGUUCUGUCUGCAUUUUAGUCUCAAAAUUAGAAGUAAGUAGAAGUGUACUUAGAGAUAACAUGAUUUUUCUUUUUGUCUUUCAUUUCCCCUAUUUUCUAAAAGUAAAUUUAGUCGAUUAAUAAAUGGCUUUUUAGUUAUCCAUUAAAUUAUUUUCAAACUGGCACACAAGGAUCCCCUGCAUUUCUCGAUUAUAAUGUAACUGCCUGGACCUUAUGUUUUUAAAUGCUCUAUGUAAGUGGGUUGUUGGUGGUGUUGAAGACUUUGGAAUUGAUAAUGUCUAAAAUUCUUUCUGUGCUAAUUGUUACAGAGAGAACUUCACAUAUUUGUCAUUUUGUACAUUGUAUAUCUCAGUGUAAAGUAGAAAUUACACCUAUAUGAUCCGCUUCCAAAAACUUAAAUGAGUAGCCACAGUAAUCUGUUAUGUUUUAUGUUUGUUGUACCUCUGACUGGAUGUUUAAGACAUAUUCUCCUGUGUUCUUCUUUAUACAGAACGGGCAUUGUAUAUUUGUUAGCCAUCCAGGCUUUUGUGAAUGUCAUUGAGAUUUUGUGUAUGUUUUUGGGUUUUAGAGAUAUGUAAAUAUAAUAUUAUCAUUAUUAUUUUACCAUAGUGUGUGAGUUAGUUACAUUUUUAUAUGCUUAUUUAACUGAUCUGCUUUAUGCAAAUGAAUUUUUAUUAUCUCAUGUGCAAACAGUAUCUUAUUUUAGAGUACAUUUUGCUAGAAUAAUUUAUUAAUUUUUCUCAGAGUACUUUGAAAUUAUUAGAUAAAGUAGAUCAAUAUCAAAUGUCAGAUAUUGCUUAGUUUACAGACAUUGCCUGGUGGUUCUCUAUAAUGAGAAAAAGUAAACCAAAUCUCUCACAUAGUGAUUCUCUUAAUCAUUUUUGAGCUUUUGGGUGUUGGAACUUACUCAGGGGUUACUUAGUCGGUAAUGUUAAUUCUUCUUUGGAUUGGUUAUUUUACAAAUUCCUGGCUUGUAUUUUACACAUUAAGAUAACUUUGGAUUGAACAGUUUAGCGAAUUGACCAGGGUAAUCGGAGUAAUUGUCUAUAAAAUGGUACUUUCUUAAUCAGACAGGAUUUAUGGGAAGCCAUGUCAUUCAGAAUUUCACUGUAUGCAUUGAUUCUACCAGUAUGGAUUGAGGGGCCUGCUGUGUACUGGGCACCUUUCUAGGGCUAAGGUACAACAAUGGGAGAACAAAAUCUCUGCUGUAAAUUAAAGGACAGCAGCUAGGGACAUCCCUCUAAAUGAGUGGUUUUCAUACUUUAGUGUGCAUCAAAGUCACCUUGAGUGCUCAUUACAACACUGAUUGCUGGGUCCUAUCCCUGGUGUUUUUGAUUCAGUAGAUCUGGGGUGGCUUCACAUAAUUUGCAUUUCUAACAAGUUCGCAGAUGAUGUUGCUGGUCUGGGGACCACUCUUUUGAGAACCUUUUCUCUAAAACAUAGUUACUCAAAAAGAGGCACAGUAGCAAUUUUGGCUGUACAGUUUAUUUGUUGUAAGUGACUGUUCCCGUACAUUGUAGGGUGUUUAGGAUUCCUGGCCAGUUGUUGAGACAAUUCAAAAUACCCUCAAACAUUUCGAGUUACUGCCACUUGACAAGCACUACAAAAGUCAUGUAAUGUUUACUCAGGGUUUUCAAAAAAGUGACAGCUAUUGUGGACUAGGGAAUGUAGUACUAGUUUUGUGCCACAACGUGUUUUUGAACUAGAGUUUUAUUGUUGCAUUCACAAAGCCUAGUUAAUGCAAAUGAAGAGGAAAUUUAGGAAAGCACAUUUUGAAAAUUUUGCAAAAUAAGGUUUUUCACUUAACUGGUUCUCAAUUAUCCAUACCUAUAUGAGAAAUGAAACAAAUGAAGUAAUGUUUUUUUAUCAGUGUGGAUGGAUGAAGGUGGUAGAAAACUGCUGGUUUUUGCAGUUUAUCAAUAGAAUUGACACCAUUUUGAUGGAUUAAAAAGAUAGCCUGACCUUCCCUUUGUGUGGGCUUGUCAUUUCCUCUUCUAGACUGAAGAUAAAGAUUUUAUCAAGUGUAUCUUCUUUAGACUGUGUUUAUUGAGAAUAUAAUUUGCUUUGCACCUCUAUUCUUUAAUCAUUUUAGAAAGUAAUGCCUACAAACGAUAAGUGGGAAUUGUUAAGUAAUUCUUUGGUAAAAAUAUAAAGCCUGCCUUAUGAGACCUUAACAACAAUUUGGGCUACAUGUAUGUGUACUUCAAAGCCUAUUGAAAAUUGUGCAGUACAUUAAAAAAUGUUAAAUUGGUUUUUAGAGCAAAUAGUUGCUAUAUUGAUAAUACCUCUUGCUGUUGAUUCCAACUCAUAGUGACCCUAUAGGACAGGGCAGAACUUCCCCAUAGACUUUCCAAGGCUGUAAUCUUUAUAGAAGCAGACUGCCACAUCUUUCUCCUGCAGAGCAGCUGGUGGGUUUGAACCGCUGACCUUUUGAUUAGCAGCCGAGUGUUUAACCACUGGGCCACCAGGGCUCCAUUAUUGAUAACAGUCUUUUCCAAAAAACUGUGACUCUAUUAGUGCAAAAAAACAAACACCUGAUAUGCAGUCUUUUAAAUAUCUCAGAAGGUAGUUCCUAGAAAAUUGACUUCGGUGAAUGUAUAAGGAUUUCUAUGUGUAGGAAAUAUUUAAACAGAGACUUGCUUCUAAUUGUAAUCCAGAUGUUACCUGGGGACCUCUAGUUGUGCUUUCCAAAGGCGACCCCAGCGUAGAAUUCAGUGUCUUCCUGGUUUCCCAAGGGUUUUGUGUUUUUUUUUCUGAGCUGAAGAUGAGUUUGUCUCAGGGAGGACACAUUCAUCUGAUCAAGGAAGUCAUCUACCCUUUAUCUCUCAACAUUGCACCAAACCAGCCCCUUCCCAUCUAUUAAGUUGUCACAGUUUUCUUGUUCCUUGGAAGCCCAGGACUAAGAAAUACAGCUUCUACUUCAAGGUGCCUUAAUAACCCAUUUUUCAACUGAGAGAUUCUCAUGCAAGCUGAUAAGAAUAAAACUUUAUCAUCUCUCAUCUUCUCAGAGGUUUGUCUAGUAGAUUUUUUGACAUGAGUUUGUCUUCAAAAAUUUAUUAGUUCAUGAAAAAAUUAUUUUAACUCUGUGACAACACUUGACCACUAAAAUAAGUUAUAUCUCUGUGAAAGUUCAGUCAGUGCUUAACUUUAUUUUUAGGCACAUGAAUGCAGAAAAAAUAAAGAUGAAUUUUAAAAAGAAA